CUUGACGUGCGUUGUGCCCUCGCAGGGGUGGGCGCCUGUGGCACCAUGAACCGGAUCACGGUGUAUGAGCGUGCCAACUUUGAGGGGCUGAGCCGGGAGUUCACCUGUGACGUGCCCGACCUGCACGAGCUGGAUUUUGGGGACUGCAUCGCCUCCCUGAAGGUGGUGGGGCAACCCUGGAUCGCCUACACAGACCCCAAGUACGNNNUGGAGCCAUAUGCCUUCGAGGAGGGCGAGUACCCCUCCGUGGGGCGGCCCAACAGCUUCUCGGCUCUGCGCCUCGUGCACCAUGACCUGGAGGACCCCCAGAUCACCCUUUACGAGCGCCCCAACUUCCAAGGGGGCGGUUGGCAUUGCCUGGCAUGGCCGGGCGAGCGUCUUGCUGAUUACAAACCUGAGCUGAACUUCCAAGCUCGGCUGUCCCACCUGCGCCCGCUGCAGCCUGGGCAGCCCCUGGUCUCAGCACGUCUCCUCUGGGAGCAGAAGCGUGUGGAGGCAGAGCGGGAGGUGCUGGUGGAU